AUGGCUCAGCCGGUAUUCGAAUUCCCAUAUGGUGCUCAAGGUGGACGAGAAUUAUGUUUGGAAGAAGGUUUUCACGGGACAUUUGCAUCUCAAAAGGCAUUCGUCGACAUUACUUUUGAAAACAACAUCCCUAGCACAAAAUCACAUGUGAUGCACGUCACCUUCAUGAAGACUGCGAAAGUCAAGCAACACGGAGUGCUCAAGCUUUACGACCGGCGUUAUCCUGGACGCAUUCGUCAAGCUAAUGGCACAGCCGCAGCCACAGCUCCUUCGGUUGCAGAAGAUGCUGCGUAUCGGACACUCGUGCGUCAAGGAAAAAUGGAUGUUUUCCCGUUAGCCCUGAAACACAUCUACAAAACCGAUCCCAAGACCUGCGCGAGCGACUUUCUUCACAACCACAGGUUUGGCGGUGCCAGUUUUGGCGGUGCCGAGUUCGAUAGCAUGGCAAGAUUUGAAGCUGCUACUUGGUACGAGUGUGACCAGCACUUCAAGACCGAAUUAAAGGCGUAUAAAAAGCUGGAACGACUUCAAGGCUCCCGCAUACCACGCCUCUAUGCACAUGUGCGAAUUCCACAUGGUGACGUUCCCCAAGCUGCUCGAGACGACGCACCAUGGGACCGAUUUCUUUGUGUUCAUGGUCUUCUGCUAGAACACAUUCCUGGCCUCCAACUCGAAUACUGGCCUACACCCGACAUUGCUUCAAACAUGUUAAAGACACAGAUCAGUACAUCGGGCGUUCUUCUCAAAAAGACUUGCAAAAAUGUUAUAGUGAAGGAGUACAACCCCCGCAUCUCAUUGCCCUUUAUCGUCGAUUUCACUGAGGCUGUGUUCAAAGAAGACUUGGACGAGCUUGAGAUUAAGAAACUUCCAAUAAGUCGCAUGUUGUUUGCACAUGUCCAAAUCCUCCAGCCUGGUUUGGAACAGGCAUAUUGGGAUAAGGCGAAGGAGAGCCGUUACCUGGACUUGUUUGCUGAAAGCUUCGGCAUGAUCCUUACUCAGAAAGGAAUAGACCAAAUUAGGGUCAAGAUUCGCAAUUAUCAGGCCAUACCUGAGGAAUUCAGUCAGUGGCUGAAGGACGAGAGUGGGGGUGUACGGCCUUCAUACUUAACGUGA